GUACCCUUUGUCAGAACUUACAUGGAGAAAACCAAACAAUCAGGUGGAAAGCGCCUAAAGUUUUCGGAUGGAGAGCAAAACAUGGCUUCGAUCGAUAGGCUCAGCAGCUUGCCAGAUGUCGUCAUAUGCCACAUUCUCUCUUUUCUCGAGACAAAGUUCUCAGUGGCGACAAGUGUUCUCGGAAAAAGAUGGAGGUUUCUAUGGGCCCAUGUACCCUGUUUGGACUUCUAUGAUGACGAUUUCAGGGAUGAAACACAAACCUCAGACAUCAUCCAUAGGGUUCUAUUGCGGCACAAGGCAAAAACAAUGGAUACUUUUACUCUCAAUGUCAGCUGCAACGAUUAUCAACUGGAGACAUUGAUUACAACUGCCAUCGACCGUAAUAUCCGGAAUCUUUAUCUUGAACAUAGUUUGGAUAGAUUUCCUCGAUACCUCUUCAACUGCAAAACCAUUGUCGACUUGAAGCUUGAUGACGGAUGCCCUUCACUCUCUGCUGUGGACAAUGUGUCUCUCCCUAGCCUCAAGAAGCUUUAUAUUUUUAAUCUUAUAUGCGAGAAUGAUGAUGCGCUUCCUCACUUUCUUUCCGGCUGUCCGUCGCUUGAGGAGUUGAAUUUGGCAUUCGAGUUUGCCGAAGAAUCCAUUUAUGUGGGCUGCAUAAAUAUAUCAUCACCCACGAUAAAGAUGCUACAGCUCAGUAUGGGAAUGUAUGCCCUUGAAUAUAGGGUGAUAAUAAAUGCCCCGGCCCUUAGGUAUCUCGAAGUGUAUGAUUAUGACUUGGAGUGUAUGACAAUUCCUAUAACCAUGAUCUCCUUAGUUGAGGCGGAUAUCUGCUUCGAUAAUUAUUGGUUCUCAAAGCACAAAAGGAAGUACUCUUCCACGGUGAUGAAGUUUCUUCAUUCUCUCUGUUAUGUAAAGUGCCUAAAAAUAUCAGGUUCGGGAUUUGAGAAGAAGCUUGAGCUCGAUCUUCACGAUUUGACUUGUCCAUCUAACCUUAAAUAUAGGAUGAUAAUAAAUGCCCCGACCCUUAGGUAUCUCCAAUUGGAUGGCUGUGACUCGGAGUGUAUAACAGUUCCUAUAACCAUGGUCUCCUUAGUUGAGGCGGAUAUCUGCUUACAGAGUUACCAUUCCAUGUUGUGCCUAAAGAUAUCAAGUUGGGAAUUUGAGCAGUUUUUAGUGGCAUUUGUACCCACCCUUGUUGCAGUAGCAGCUGCUCGUUUACUAGCAAUUCCUGUCGACUUUGCGCAGUCAAAUCUUCAAUCCGCACGAGUUUAUUUUAUUUUACAGUUCAAAAAUACUUUUCCACUGCACAAUUUUCAGGGCUGGAGGAGGAAACUCACAAAUGUUGGGGUGAAGGGAAAAGUCCUGAUAAUAUUGGAAUAUUUGUUGCCUCAUAAG